UACAAUGUAGCUAGGUUGGUUCUUCCUCCUCCUUUAACGUAGUUAAUAGUUUAAUACAUAGAUAAGUUAGCGAGCUGUAAAUAUAUUAACACUACAAUACGUUAAAUUAUUGUAAAGAAAGUAUGCGAAGGGUGACGCUUUUUGUCAACGGAACCUCCAAAAAUGGCAAGGUUGUAGCUGUUUAUGGGACUCUGUCUGAUCUUUUGACAGUUGCCAGCAAUAAAUUGGGAAUCAGGGCUAGUAACCUAUAUAAUGGGAAAGGUGGUCACAUAGAUGACAUUGCUCUCAUCAGAGAUGAUGAUGUGCUGUACGUGUCAGAAGGAGAUGCCUUCAUCGAUCCUCAGAGUGAUGGGAAGACAUCAGAUGACAACUCUGGAUCACACUCUGAUUGGCUGACGCUGAAUAUUGGUGGCCGUCUCUUCACAACUACUAGGAGUACUCUUGUGAGUAAGGAGCCUGACAGUAUGCUGGCACACAUGUUUAGAGAGAAUGAUGUAUGGGGUAAUAAGCAGGAUGAACGAGGGGCUUACCUCAUUGAUCGCAGCCCAGAGUACUUCGAGCCCAUCCUGAAUUACCUGAGGCAUGGCCAGAUCAUUGUCAAUGAAGGAAUAAACUUACUCGGAGUACUGGAGGAAGCUCGAUUCUUUGGAAUAGAGCAGCUGGCCGAACAGCUAGAGGUCUCCAUUAAGAAUUCUCAUCCCCCUGAAGACCAUUCUCCACUCUCUAGGAAGGAAUUUGUUCGGUUUCUGCUGGCUACACCAACCAAAUCAGAGCUACGCUGUCAGGGUCUGAAUUUCAGUGGGGCUGAUCUUUCUCGGCUGGACUUGCGCUAUAUUAAUUUUAAGAUGGCGAAUCUGAGUCGAUGUAAUCUCACCUAUGCAAACCUGUGCUGCUCAAACCUGGAGAGAGCGGACCUGUCUGGAGCCAACCUGGAUGGUGCUAAUCUUCAGGGCGUGAAGAUGCUCUGUUCCAAUGCAGAGGGAGCGUCUCUGAAAGGAUGCAACUUUGAGGAUCCCUCUGGGCUCAAGGCCAAUCUGGAGGGGGCUAAUCUGAAAGGUGUUGACAUGGAGGGCAGUCAGAUGACUGGGAUAAACCUGCGUGUGGCUACGCUGAAGAAUGCUAAACUGAAGAACUGUAACCUACGUGGUGCUACAUUAGCAGGCACUGAUCUUGAGAACUGCGAUCUCUCCGGCUGUGAUCUCCAGGAAGCAAACCUGCGUGGCUCAAAUGUGAAAGGAGCCAUCUUUGAAGAGAUGCUGACUCCGCUGCACAUGUCCCAAAGUGUGAGAUAACCAAUCACAUUGCUCCCUCUCCUACAGCCCCACCAGCCAGCUACUCUUAGCACUCCUUUCCCCCCUUCCCCGUUUCAUGCUCCCGUGGAACCGUUUGCAAUACUAGCACACCCUGACCCUUCUCUCUUAGCUUUACUCAUGCACUUGUGCACAUCCAGGGUCUUUAAUCAAUGGCCAAAAUGUCAAAAGCUUCUCGUAGAGAUUCCAAAUAUUUAAAAAGUCUGCAUUGACCGUUUGUCAAAACCAAAUCCAUUGUUUUUCUGUUUCUAUAUAUGUAUUCAUGCUUUGCGUUAAUCUAUUUAAAGUUAGUUUGUUUGGAUUUUUAUGAAUGGAUACGUUUUGUUUGAUCUCCGUUGAAGAAUUCAACAUUUCAGUCGAAACGAUGUUGGAAUACAAUCAAAUAUAUCUAUAGCGUUUUAAAAGUAUCAAGGAAUUGUAGUCAGUUUAUGAUAAAGCUUUAUUGUUGCUGUUGUUGCACAGCUUACUGCAGGCAAACAUAUAGUAGCAUUUGUAUAUAAAAUAUGGAAAACUGGAAAAUGCGAUAACCACAUCCUAUACAGUAUAACAGAGUGGUAUGAUUUCAAAUAUGCAACAUAAACUUAUAGCUCUAACAUCAUGUUUUGUCACAGUACAUGAAAACGAAAAUGGUAGUGUUUGUUGUUUGAUCUACCUCCCAUACAUUCAGUUCUAGAUUUUAGUCAUUGUCAGUUUAGUUUUGUUGCGUUUUAUAACGUUUUUGAAUCGACACAGUUAUGCAAAGACUUUAACCAAACACAAACUGAAUUUUGCUGCAUUCUUGCAACACUUUCAGGUCUAUUAUUGUAAUAACACUUAGCCAUUGGUUAAUAUGCACAAUAUUUAACCAGUGGUGCCAAUAUGCUGGUUUAUAUUAUCACAUCUGUUUGUAAAUGCUAUUCUUUUCUCUUUUUUAGCUUUCUGCUUUUUCCCCAUUUUUUUGUAUUUAAAAUAUAUUUUUAUUGUUUAAAAUGUUUGAGUGACCAACUGUGUUUACCCACACCAAAAUGAAUGUGAUGUUUUUUGACAUGAUCAAAUCCAGUGCUUCCAAGAUAUCGAGUUCAUCUUGGCAGAAUGUUAAUUUGUCCCACUAUUUUGUUAACACUUGAUCUGAAAGCACUAAAUUAGGAUUUGUGCACUCAUAUCUUUCAUUGUUUUUAUAAUACAUUUCACUGUUACAAAUUCUAAGUAAUAAGACUGAUAAAGUAGCACAUUUAUAAACCGUAACUUAGGUCUGUUAUAGACUUUUCAAUAUCAGUUUACGGAUUAUUUGCUGCAUGGUUAAAAAAAUUAAAACCCAACCAUCUCAGUCAGAAAUGUUUUCUGACAAUGGCUCAGAGUUACAACAUGUUCUUUUUUCAUUUACAAAUGUUAUUAUAGGUACUUUAUAAUCCUGUUCAAUGAAGGCAAUCAAUAUAUACUUCUGCACUUUAAGUGUGAUUCUCUAUGUAGUGUAUGUAUAUCAGGCCCUUGAGGAAAGGGUGCAAGCUAUUUAUUUGUGUAUCAGGCUGUAUUUAUGUAAGGUGGAGGUGAGGUGAGGAUCUACUCCAUUCUCACCUUCUCACCGAACUCUCUUGCACUCACUCUAUUACGGAAGUGUAUUUCCAUAAAAAUACUGUUUAAAUAAAACUUGUGUU